UAUGGACAUGGUUUAUUUCUCUGUUGUGUUUGAGAGGAGAAACAAGAUGCCAGACCUGUUAAAAUUCUUGUCUUGUUUGCCUAAUUGACCGUUGAGUAGUAACCUUACGAUUCUGCGAACGGCAGUGGGAAUAAUCCCAUAGUAACGACCAUUGUUCCCAUUGAUUGCUACAUGCUUAAAAGCCGACGCUAAUCAGAACAGUCACAUAACGCACCUUCUCAAUGGAGUUUGGCGCUCUUGGGUUGUACUUUUACUUUCCGAUCCUAGUCAUUGUCCUGAUUCCUGUGUGGGCCGCCUACCGGUUGAUCCUAUGCCAUGAGAGGACGCAUAAAUCGCCCACAAUUUCGUCUUAUAACGCUAUAAACCCCGAAAUUGAUUUCACGAACAAGGGCAAAUACGAUGUUAUCUUUUCCAUUAGCAAUCUGAAAAGCUACAGGUCUGCUUCUCGCAUCAUCGACAUCAUGAAGAUUGCAGGCGCACUCUGUUUGAGUCUGUUCUGCUUCUACUCUUUUGUAGUCGCCUUUCACCACAAUAUCAAUCGUGGUUUGCGCCGUCAGGCUUCCGUGACGAACUCGAGCUCCGUCCUCGUCGACUUUGAGCUCUAUAAACCUGUCGAGUUUGAUCCGCCUAGUCAAGAAUGUGACAAAGUCGUUUUAUUGAUGGAACACUCAUUUGGAUACAGCUAUGGACAACCGUUUGUGGGAAGCUUUACUCCGCCGGAUUGCGAUUUUGAUACCGUGAGGAUCAAUUUUACUGUCACGUCACGAGGACGGCAGUUUGAUCGUCUGGCGUUAAUGUAUCUGAAUGAUACGGAGGUUUUCAGGACAUCCACAGCAGAGCCGACCACCAACGGGAUUGUCUGGACAUAUAUUAAAGAAAUGUCACAGUAUCUGACAUUGUGGAAAAGUCCUCAAAAAGUCAUUUUCGAUUUGGGCAACCUGAUCGACAGCACGUACACGGGACCAUUUAACACUACAUUAACGGCGUCGUUCACGAAGGAAAACAGCGUACGAACGGCAGACCUGAUUCUCCCUAUUUCGGCUCGCAGAUCUGUAAAUGAUUCUGCGAGUGCUUUCAACGUGCCGUCCGACAAUGCUACGGUUGAUCUUACCUUUCCCAACAAUGUACAGAGAGCGGUAGUUUCGAUUUCAGCCUGUGGUCAAUCGGAGGAAGAAUUCUGGUGGUCAAGUGUUCUGAAUCAAGACAUAGACGACUUUGACUCAACCGUUGGUGUACUCUAUGGAUUUUCGCCCUUCCGUGAGAUCCAGCUUUAUAUCGAUGGAGUACUUGCUGGGGUCAUUUGGCCUUUUCCAGUUAUUUUCACUGGAGGCGUAGCACCCGGCUUUUGGCGACCUAUCGUCGGAAUUGAUGCAUUUGACCUGCGCGAACCAGAAAUUGAUGUCUCGCCUUUCCUUCCGCUUCUGCUCGAUGGUAAAGCGCAUUCGUUCGAAAUCAAAGUUGCUGGGCUUAACACUCCUACCAGUAAUGGCAUAACUCUGUCGGAAACUGUCAAUUCGUACUGGGUAGUUACGGGAAAAGUCUUUGUAUACCUUGGCCAUAGUGAGGAUAGUAUCAAGUCGACCGGCGUUCCCCCCUCUAUCCAUGCGCCAGAUCCGGAAUUCAGCUUUUCACGAAAUUUAGUAUCGAAUUCAACAGCAAACGAGACUUUGUCAUACUCGGUCUAUGCCCACCGAACUCUAACGAUUACAUCGGGUCAAACUUCAUGGAUACAAGACCUGUCAUUCUCUAACUAUGGAUAUCUCAAUCAAGAAGGAUUGAGUCAGAGGAAUAUCCAGAACACUACCGGAAUAUCAACUGUCAAAGGUAUUGGACUCAGUGGAGGUGUAGAAGAGUACAUAACUACAUUCAGCUACCCACUCGAUGUCAACAAUACAUAUGCCUUGACAGCGAGUUCCACGACUAUUGACGCUUCUAUGGAUCGUGGACUAUCAAUAUCAUCCUCUGGAGGCCUCGGCAUAUCUACCUACACUCUUACUUCUGGUCCAGUAUAUCUACAAACCCGCCAGUGGGGCGAUGCUCAUUAUUAUGCGGCUGGGGGUUCUUCUUACUCAUCUGGAGAGACUACUCAAGAAUUUUCAGAAACUUCCGGCGGGACAACGUAUAGCACUUAUGUGCAAGCAGUCAAUGGCACUGUAGUGACACCCAAUAGUCAGGCCUUGUCAUUGCCGGCGCAAAAUAGUUGGUUCUCCGCCGGAGGACGUCCUAGUAUUAGGAGCAUUCUUGGACGAGGUCCGAACUAGUUUAUAUUUGUUGUAGUACAUAAUAGCUAAGUUUAUGAAGUUCUUC